AGUCACGUGGCGCGCGGGGGUGGAGCUACGCGGCGGUUUCACAGCUGGACUGAAAGAGAUCCUCGCUCCCCGGCCGUGAGAGCACGGCCUGGCCCUCGCCGAACAGCGUUAAGGGAAUUUCCGAGUUCUCAUCGGCCUCCCAGACUCGCUUUCCUUCCCCUCCGAAGCUGGGCCUUCUGGCCCCUUGCUGCGGAGUCUGCGGCCGCCGGGAAGCCCGGAUCCAAGUGUCCGCGAGUAACCGGAAGUGCCGCCCGCAGGCCGAUGGGCGGCUCCAGGGCUGCAGGGAGAGGGAAGAAUUAAGUCGUGUGAAUAGUUCUGUACUAGAGAUCUUUUGGAGCCAAAAGAGAACUCAGUCAAGUCUUUUGUGUUAUGGCUAUGAGCAGGCUUGGCAGAAGAGUCAAGUACAGAGGAUGAGUUAAUAAAUGUUAAUGGUUUUGUGCAUGUGAAGGAAGAAGAAAAUAGAACCUGUCAUUUAUUGAGCAUCUUCUGAGACCCAGAAUGCUUGAUCAAUCAGAUUUUCAAGACCAUGAGAUGAAUGCUGCUUUUCUUCUAGAAAAGAUUCUGGGUUUGGAAAUACAAAGUAAGGAAUUAUGAUGGUGGAAACUUGUGAAAGAGGACUGUGUAUGACUGAAAGGCUUGAAACAGAUAUAUCUUCCAUGUUCUCAUCAAGAAAAUGACUACAAAGGCAAUGAUGGGUCAGAAAGACCACUGGAAAACUCCCUAGAAGAGAGCCAUAGAAAAUGUACGCUUCAGAAGAGAGAUGUAAUCAGAGAACUCAAAAAAAGAAAAUACAUUAUGUAUGCCCUCAGAAGGGUAAAAAGAUUUUUAUUCAUGUGCGUGAGAUUACUCAAAUAGAUAAUCAAAUAUACCAGUGCCUUGAUCGUGAACAAAACUUCUGUGAAAACUUAGCUCUUAUUAUGUGUGAGAGAACCCAUAUAGGGGAGAAACCUUAUAGAUGUGAUAUGUGUGAGAAAACCUUCAUUCAAAGCUCAGAUCUUAUUUCACACCAGAAAAUUCACAAUUAUGAGAAACCGUAUAAAUGUAGCAAAUGUGAGAAGAGCUUUUGGCACCACUUAGCCCUUUCAGGACACCAGAGAACACAUGCAGGUAAAAAAUUCUAUACCUGUGACAUUUGUGGCAAAAAUUUUGGUCAGAGCUCUGAUCUGCUUGUCCAUCAGCGAAGUCAUACAGGUGAGAAACCGUAUCUGUGUAGUGAGUGUGAUAAAUGCUUCAGUCGAAGUACAAACCUCAUAAGACACCGAAGAACUCACACAGGUGAGAAACCAUUUAAGUGUCUGGAGUGUGAAAAAGCUUUUAGUGGGAAAUCUGAUCUCAUUAGCCACCAGAGAACUCACACUGGUGAAAGACCCUACAAAUGUAAUAAGUGUGAGAAAAGUUACCGACACCGAUCAGCCUUCAUUGUACAUAAAAGAGUUCAUACUGGGGAGAAGCCCUAUAAGUGUGGCGCUUGUGAAAAAUGCUUUGGCCAGAAAUCAGACCUCAUUGUGCACCAGAGAGUCCACACAGGGGAGAAGCCGUAUAAAUGCUUGGAAUGCAUGAGAAGUUUUACUCGGAGUGCCAACCUAAUAAGGCACCAGGCCACUCAUACUCACACUUUUAAAUGCCUUGAAUAUGAGAAAAGUUUCAACUGUAGCUCAGACCUUAUUGUACAUCAAAGAAUUCACAUGGAAGAGAAACCACAUCAGUGGUCUACAUGUGAAAGUGGCUUCCUCCUGGGUAUGGACUUUAUUGCCCAACAGAAAAUGAGAACUGAAACAGAGGACCUGCGUUAUAAAUACAGUGUAUGUGAUAAAAACUUCCACCAGAGCUCUGCCCUUCUUCAACAUCAGACGGUACAUAUUGGUGAAAAACCAUAUAUCUGUAAUGUGAGUGAGAAGAGUCUUGAGCUCAGCCAUCCUCAUUCCUUGGAGGCCUCACAUAUGUCUUGAACAGACAAGAAGUUAUACUAUAAAAAAUGUAUUUACAUGUCAGAGAACUCAUUAAGAUGAAUAUUAAGUGAAUCUCAGACUUUGGUCAGAGCUCAGACCUCAGUGGGGACCAGACAGCCUACAGUUAUAGGAAGUGUGAGAAAUGCUUUAUUUCCCAGAGAGUUGUCCUAACAAAACACCUUAUCAGUCACUUCAAGGAGAAACUGCAGAUGUCUUGAGUUUUGGAAAACCUUUAGCGUGAGCUCAAAUUUGGUCACUCACAAGAGGAUUCAUACAGGUAGGAAAUCUUCCAGUGCAGUGAGUAUGAGAGUUUUCAGCCCUCCUCACUGCAAGAGAAUUCACCCCAGAGAACAACUUUUAAAUGCCUUCAGUGUCAACAGGAUGUAUAUCUCAUUGGACAUCAGAAAAACCCAUCCUGGGGAGAAGCCCCAGCAAGUGUGGAGGGGGAAAAAAAGCCUAACAGAACUCUGACUUUCUUAUCCAUCAGAGAAGCCAUACUGGUGAAAAAUUGUAUAUAUGUCCUGAGUGUGGCAAAAACAUCAGAUGGAGAGCCUUACUUGGGUUUGUACCCAAAAAACAAAAACCAGUCUGAGGAAAGACCCUACAAAUGUUUAAAUUAGAAAAGCUUGUCAAUGAUCAGCUCUUGGGGUACAUAAGGGAACUCACAUAAGUGAAAAACCCAUAAACACCUUGAGUCUGAAAAAAGGUUUGCUAGAAGCUUCUGUUUUUAUUAGGCCCCAAAGAGCGCAUUCUGCCAAGUGAGAGAUCUAAUUGAGGGUGAACCAUCUGUGUACAUAUAACCCGUAUGGUAGUGAUAACUUUAAAUGGAGUCACUAUGGAAAUAGUUUUCUAGGUCCCAGAAGCUUGUUUUGGGAGAAGCUAGGGCAGGUCAGAGUAGACCUGAUGGGUAACUCAGGUGAAGAUGCUUUUCUUUUAUCUGAACCACUUAAUACUUGCUUUAAUUUCACUUUAAUGUUCAGAAAUCCAAUAAGGGACUGAUACCUUUUAGAAUAUGUGGCAUGUGUUACUGUUGGGGGAGAGAAAUAUGUUGAUUUUGCCUCAUGAUAUUUCAUCCUUGGCUAGAAUGGGCCUAGUGUGUUGGUAGUAGCAUGACAGCCUUUUGCUUGCUUUGAAAGGGACUAAGGAGGUAGGAAGCACUUAACCUAAGUCAAAACACUCCCAACAGUUUCUUGGUAGGAUCAACUUCAUAAAAAGGCAGAGUGCUCAUCUUUCAACUGUGUUCACAGUUUGAGGCAUACCCUCAAAAUUUUUCUUUUCCCUAAAAUAUCUUCUCAGUUAUCACUGGUAUUUGAAAUUUCAGGUUUAUAGAUUUCAACUCAAAAUCCAAAUUCCAGGAUAAUGGUUAUGAUGCUGUUAGUAUUUGUAUUUUUUACUUGGUUUAUCAUCUCAGUGAUAGAUAGUCUUAGUUGGUUCCUAGGAAAAUGGCUUAGGGGAAGACUGAAAGGAAGAUGUGAACCUGAGUAGGCACUGAGUAAAAAGACACAGUGAUUUAUUACUAAUAGAGGAGCAAGACUUCUCAUUUUCUGUAUCCUGACUCCAAAGUGGGUGUUCUUUUCACACCAUCCUGAUAUUUAGCAAAUCAAGCCUGGUAAUCCAUUUUUUUAUUUAUUUCAGUUCUGCCAGUGAGAAAAAUACCUUUUAAUCCCAGGGAAAGGAUUGCAGUCACCACAAUGUAAGGUAUAUUUUGGCUUGGAAUAUAGGACUCUAAACUAGAAGGGAAAAGUAGUUUGGCAGACUCACCAGAAGUUUAAGAAUAAGCACUUGUCUCCAAUUUAACAGGGUAAUUAUGAUUUGUCUUUAACAUUGUUUAGAAAUACUAUAAUCCAUGGAUGUAUAAAUAGGCACUUCUCAGUUUUUUUUUCUUUGUCUCUCAGAUUUAAAGACAUUUAAUACAGAUACUUCAUAUUCCUGCAGUAUUUGGGACUCUGGACUGGUGAAUAAUUUGUUGCUAGUCAGAGUUCUCAUUUUUGGGUUUGAUUUAUUCUAGAUUCCAAGACUCCAGAGGAUAUUGGCAUUUGGGUUUAUGAAGUUGGCCAACUGUUACCUUGUAUAGGGCUGUAAAUUUUGAUCCUAAUGGCUGGUUGGUGAACAUGAUAAUCUUAGGGCCAGUGGCUAUAGCUCAUAAUAAUAAUAAAGAAUCUGAUUCUUUUAGGAAAUAGGUCUUACAAGUUUAUUUGAUCUGACAUGUUUCAUUUUAUAAAUAGCUCUUGUACCAUGAAAUGUUGCCCAGUGUGAUAAAACACCCAAGAUGUAUUUUUUCCUCUGGUAAAAACAUGCCUGUUACUGCUAUAAGUUUGAUAGUUGUAACACUUAAAAUAGUGAUGGGUGUAUGGCAUGGCAAUGAUGAAAAAUUAGUCCUCUGGCUACUUAUUAGUCAUAGAUCUUGGAGAAUGGGACAAAGUUAGUAUCACUAACAGGACAGUGACUUGCUUCUUUCAACUAAUUUUACUGGUAAUUGUCUCUAGUCUUUAAAUUAACGAUGGACCAUCCCUCAAGUAGAGAACUUUGGGGAUAUAAAACAGGUCUGAGGGCCUUUAACCAUGGUCGGGGGAGAUGUUGAUAUUAUUCAUAGAGUGUAACCUGAGGUUGGAGAGGACCACUGGGGAGCCUGUAACCAAAACUAGAAGGUAAUUUCUGGGAUGGAUGGAGGUUCCCUUGAAGCAGUGCCAACCUAAAUCUACCUCAGGUAAGUAGUUAGAGUAACCUUUUCAAGAUUUCAGACCAAAUGAGAUAAAUUGUACUCAGUCAAUGUAUUCCUAUGCUUUAAUGCUUUUGUUUUCCCUUAAUUCUUAAAUAAACAUUUGUUCUGAAAAACUCCCA